AUGUUGAUCCUACUUGUGCUAUGUUUGCUCAGUUUGGAACGAAUGGGGGCUGCCACAACCAAGCCGGAAUUGAAUUCCCUGGUGAAAAAGUUAUGGACUCUCGAUAGAAAAGAAAUGCAGCCUUUGGUACAAAAACAACAACUAAAUAAACAAGGUCGUGUUGGAUUCACUCGCGGAACUCCACCGGACGAAGCAAGAGCCAGUCUGUUCCAAGGAGUCAAUAUGAACCAGCUUCGGAAAAAACGCACGAUUGAAGCGUUUUUCCAAUUGAUGGACAAUUAUGUUCCCGCUCUGGGUAUACGUGAGACUAUGGAUACGAAAGAGAAAUCAGAGGUCAAUGCAUUCUUGGAUGCCGUGGUGAGCACCCAAGUCAUGCAAGAAGCCCACCAGUUCCUGGUUAGUAAACGACUGAGUCCAGCUGGCAAGCGUGACUUCAAAGAACAGCUCUAUAAUAUCUGGUUCAAAUUUUAUCGACGAAACGGGCAAGUUUUGUUCGUAUUUAUUUCUUGUGUUAGGUUGUCCUACUAG